UUGCCUCGGGGUCCUCUUCCGUUCUUUUCCACUAAGUGUUAGGGUGGUCUCGGUGUCUUUGGAACUAUAGUUCCCAGCGGCCGGCGCGGCGGAGGGGGGAGGCCGGGACUGUGCCAGGGAGGCCAGGCACCGCGGGCCUAGCGGGCCGCUCCUCCCCGGGAAGCGAUUUUGGAGCCCUUUCCGCCCGUGGUGUCGGCGGCUCGGCGGCGUCCUCGGCUCGGCGCGCACGCGGGGGCGGGUCACGGCGGCGCGUGGCUGGCUGGCCGGCCGGCGGGGCCGGCGGGGAGGUGAAGCGGCGGCGGGGACGGCGGCAGCGCAGGUGCCGGCAGGCGGGCCGUCGGGGAGAUGGGAGACCCAGGGUCGGAGAUAAUAGAAUGUGUCCCUCCAGCUGGGCCUGAGGCGUCCGAGUCAACACCCGAGGAAAAUGAAGAUGACAUUCAGUUUGUUAGUGAAGGACCAUUAAGACCUGUUCUGGAAUACAUUGAUCUGGUCAGCAGUGAUGAUGAAGAGCCUAGCACCUCUCAGAGUGAGGAUAACAUUAAGCAUAAAGACCAUAUUGACCAUCAGAAGGAUAAAGUCGCCUUGACUCUGGCUCGUCUAGCCCGCCAUGUCGAAGUGGAGAAACAGCAGAAAGAAGAGAAGAAUAGAGCAUUCAGGGAAAAAAUAGAUUUUCAACAUGCUCAUGGGUUACAAGAAUUGGAAUUUAUUCGAGGACAUUCUGAUACAGAAGCAGCGAGACUGUGUGUGGACCAAUGGUUAAAAAUGCCAGGACUCAAAACAGGCACAAUUAAUUCUGGAACAAAAGGUUCGUUCCGAAGAGGAGGCCAAAUACAAGUGUCUGGGAAGCCAAUUUCAUGUCCCAUAAUGCACUGUAACAAGCAGUUCGAUAAUGGGCACCUUCUCUUAGGACAUUUGAAAAGGUUUGAUCACUCUCCAUGUGAUCCAACAAUUACACUGCAUGGACCUUUCAUCAGUUCUUUUGCUUGCGUAGUAUGUUAUAAACAUUUUGUUACUCAACAACAAUAUAGGGAUCACCUUUUUGCUAAGGAAGCUGCAGAUGAUGGACAUAAAAACAACCUUCUUCCUCAGAUUAUUCAGUGUUUUGCGUGUCCAAAUUGCUUCCUUCUUUUUAGCAGCAAGGAUGAGUGUUUGAAGCAUAUGUCUGGAAAGAAUCAUUUCCAUCAGCGUUUUAAACUGCGUGAUGACAAGGGAAUGGCACAACCAAUAUCAUUUCCAUCUUUUGCAAAGAAACUUUUGAUCUCUCUGUGCAAAGAUGUUCCAUUUCAAGUUAAGUGUGUGGCCUGCCACCAGACACUGCGUUCCCACAUGGAGCUCACUGCCCAUUUCAGAGUUCGUUGUCGAAACGCUGGUCCUGUAGCUCUAGCUGAGAAGAGCAUUGCUCAGGUGGCAGAGAAAUUCCUACUGAGAGGUUAUUGUCCACAUUGCAACCAUGUCUUUGUGGAUGAAACCAGUACCUGGAAUCACAAGCAGAAUUCAGGACACAAAGUCCGAGUUAUUAACUCAAUGGAAGAAUCAGUCUUACUUUAUUGCCACAGCACUGAAGGGAACAAACCCCCUUCUGACUUGCACCUGUUGCAAGAUAAGUCAAAAUUUUCAUCACUUAAAAGAAAUAUGUCUGUUCGAGAAUCUAGCUCACAAGAUUGCAGCACUGUCCCAAAAAAGAAGAUUAAUUUAGGAGAUAAAAGCCAUGGGGGUAUGGUUUGUGUUCAGAAGGAAAAGUCACUUGUUAAAACCUGGUUUUGUGAAUGCCAGCAACGCUUCCCAAGUGAAGAUGCAGUAGAAAAGCACGUUUUCUCAGCAAACACGAUGUGUUAUAAGUGUGUGGUCUGUGGGAAGGUGUGUGAAGAUUCAGGAGUCAUCCGUUUACAUAUGAGCCGCAUUCAUGGAGGGGCACAUUUAAAUAACUUUUUUUUCUGGUGUCGGACAUGCAAAAAGAAGUUGGCAAGGAAAGAGGCUAUAAUGGCCCAUGUGACUGAGUUUCAUAAUGGACACAGGUAUUUUUAUGAGACAGAGGAGGUAGAAGGUGACACUUUGCCGUCCUCCUCUACAACGUUGGUGAAUGAUCUGACUGCUGAUAAUCCUUCUUCAACUAUUACUAUUCUUGAUCAUUCCCCAGCAACCAGUCCUCCAAGCGGUAAAUGGCAAUGCCGAAUUUGUGAAGAUAUGUUUGACUCCCAAGAAUGUGUGAAACAACACUGCAUGUCUUUAGCAAGUCACCAGUUUCAUAGGUAUAGCUGCACCCAUUGCAAAAAGACUUUUCACAAGAUAGAAACACUGUAUCGACAUUGCCAAGAUGAGCAUGACAACGAAAUAAAGAUGAAGUAUUUCUGUGGGCUUUGUGAUCUGAUCUUUAAUGUGGAAGAAGCGUUUCUGAGUCAUUAUAAGGAGCACCACAGCAUAGACUAUGUAUUUGUGUCAGAAAAAACGGAAACUUCCAUUAAAACCGAGAGUGAUUUUCCAGUUAUAGAGACCGGUAACCUGCUGACGUGCGGCUGCCGGGAGAGCUACCUCUGCAAAGUCAACAGAAGGGAGGAUCAAGCUCGCUGUCUGCAGACUCUUCUGGGCCAGGGCCGCCUGUGGUUCCGCUGCGGCGCGUGCUCGGCCACAGCGCAGGCCACGGAUGACAUGCUGGCACACGUGCGCCAGGCGCACGCGGAGCCGGAGGGCGCGGAGGGCGCGCGGCGGUGCCUGAUCAAGUGCGGCACCUGCACCAGAGCCUUCCAGGACCUCGAGAGCGCGCAGCAGCACUUCCACAGGAAACACUGCUUCCUGCGGGAGCCCAGCGUGGCCUGCUUCGGGCCUGAGCAGACGAGCCCGUACACGUUUGCUGCCAGUUCCUCCCCUGCAGAGAGAAAGCUGAGACAGGCAGCAAGCUGUCCACAGACGUCAGACCCGGAGAGAGGAGCCGAGACUGACGUGGGCUGUCAGAGUACAGAUGAAGAGGUUGUUGAGCUCCCAGACUUGGAUUACCUGCGAACCAUGACUCACAUAGUCUUUGUAGACUUUGAUAACUGGUCCAACUUUUUUGGUCAUCUACCAGGGAAUCUUAACCAAGGAACAUUUAUUUGGGGCUUUCAAGGAGGAAACACCAACUGGAAGCCUCCCGUCAACUGUAAGAUCUAUAAUUACCUGAACAGGAUUGGUUGCUUCUUCCUUCAUCCUCGCUGUAGUAAAAGAAAAGAUGCUGCUGAUUUUGCCAUAUGUAUGCAUGCUGGCCGUCUGGAUGAACAGCUGCCCAAGCAGAUUCCUUUCACCAUCCUCUCAGGAGAUCAAGGUUUUCUGGAGCUAGAGAAUCAAUUUAAGAAGACUCAGAGGCCAGCACAUAUACUCAACCCUCACCACUUAGAGGGAGAUAUGAUGUGUGCCUUGUUAAAUAGCAUAUCUGAUACCACCAAAGAAUGUGACAGUGAUGAUAACCUGGGUAUGAAGAGUACUUCAAUGGGAGAAGAAUUCAGAUCCACAGAAGAUGUGGAAUUAGAAGAAGCGAUUAGAAGAAGUCUUGAGGAAAUGUAAUUAAAGAUAUUACCACACAGCGUAAGUGGCCUUGAAGAGACUCAGGAUAAUGAAUUCUUGAGUUUGUUUUCUAAAGGAGAUCAGAAAUCUACCAGUACAAAUGUACUUGAAAACUUUUUUUUGCUUUCAUAUGUUCUAAAUCUGAUAUUGCUUUGUAUUUUUGUGCUAUUUUGCAAAAAUGUAUAGAGGAAUAGAAUACAUGUUAAUGCAAAUACAAAUCAUGUAUUCUAAUAUAGGUAUCAUGUUUCCCAGUUAACUUUGAAUUCAUAUAUUUAGGUUACAAGAAUUAAAAAUUAGAAAAGCCCUUAACUAUUGUUCAUAUGUUUCCCAAAUAGAAUUGGUUCUUUAAUUUUAUUUGUACUGUACAGAUGAUUCUAGUUUAUUUUUUUAGGAGUGAAAAUGAAUAUAAAUAAAGCUGUCAUAGCUCACUUUUUCUGUAAAUUCUACUUCUCAUGUGGCACUAAUAUAUAAUACCUUUGAGAUCUUUGUUUAUGAUUAUUGGGAGAGAGUAAUGGAAACUGAUCAUGGAAAGGGAUGAAAAAUUUUAUCAGCAAUGUUCUUUGUGGGUUUCACUCAUAUGUAUAUCCCUGCUUUAAUUAGAGCUGCAUAUUGCUGGAAUAAAAAAAAUUUUUUCUUUGAAAAUAGUGAAAAGAAACUUUUGCCAUUCCUUUUACCUGCUUAGACUUUUAUGUGACUUGUAUUAUCUACUGUUUAAAGGGAAUGAUGUAAAAAAUAUUUGCAUAGAAUUAGGCAUAUUUUUAAUAAUAUUAGUCCUUUUAUAUAUAUAUUUGUGUAAACAUAGUAUUCUUCAGAAAAUAACGUUGAAAGUCUACUCAGGAGUAAUCUUCCUUAACCCUUAAAAAUUUUUAUUUCAUAUGGAGGUAUCUUCAUUUUAGUUAUUCAUUAAAAUGUUAGUUUCCUAUAGUUGGUAUUAAAUAUUUAAUUUUUAAAUGUUGAGGCCACAUUGUGAAUAAUAAAAAAUGUUACCUAAUUAGACGACUAAGAAGCAGCUUGUCAUACAAUCUUUGUGUAUAUGCUUCAUGUUAUUUGACCCAGAAAUGUCAUCCCUAAAAAUUUCGAGUAGUAAUUACUUACCAAACUUAAAAUUUUCUGUAAAUAUAAAUUUUUCUUUAAGACAGAAAAAAAAUAUAUCAUGGCUAGAACUUUGGUCUUUCUCUGUAACUAGAUAGUUUAGCGUGAAAUAGUAUUACUAUUUUUUUUUAUUAUUAUUAUAUAGUCUUUUCAAUCCACAUUGGAAACCAAUUUGUGUUUUUAUUUCUUAAGCUGCCAGUUCUGUCCUACCUGCUUGCAUUUUUUUUUAAGUACACAUCAUAGCUUGAGAAUGUACUAGUCAUUUUUCCAAAGUGACCACAUUGUAUUUUUAAUUUGUUUGUUAGAGUAGUUAAGGCUUUGGGUGGUAGUCAUGGAGCCGGACCUUAAAGACAUCUGCAGGAGCUUGCUCAGUAGUGAGGAGCAGAAAGAGUGUUCCAGAAAGAAGAGCGGUCCAGCAGAUGUAGGGAAGGUGCCACACACAGGUGGGAUGCAGCCUGUGUUCUAUUAGGACGCUUGUGUGGUGUCUGUGGUCAAGAGUAACCGAGGCUUUUCAUAUGACAGCAAAGGGAUAAUUCAUUAUGAUCCUUUAAAUAAGGUAACUGGGUUGUUUAAUGUUUUAAUUAAUAAUUGUCACUGAUUCUAUUUCUACUUAUUAAGGAAUUAAAAAUCACUUUUAAAUUACUUCGUAAUUUGAAGUUAAUUUAGACACAAGGAGGAGAGGUAGUCUGGAUGUUACAGAAAGUUAUGGGGAAUAUUAUCAAGAGUAAAUGUUUCUAACAUUGACAGUGAUGCUUACCUGUUUGUUUUUAUUCAUUUUUUUAUUUUAUUGUGAGUUUUUCUUUUAAAAAGUUUUUAUUGUGAUUCCUUAUUUUUAUACCUGAAUAACAACUUUUGUCGAAGCAAUGAUGGAUAACAUAAUGUUUAUUUUAAAAAGGAUAUGUAGAUAAUGUACUGAUAGUAUCUGGUUGGUGGUACCAUUGUCUGUCUUAAAUAAAAAUAUCUCAGUUAAGAA